AUGAUCGCAUCAACGACGACACGGAUUUCGCUCAAUCCGCUAGACCACUUCCCUCCAAGUAAUUACACUUUCUUUUGUACUUAUCUCCCUUUAAAAGAUGGCACGAACCCCGAAAAGGCAUUCGAGGUGUUACAGAAAGGGCUUCGGCGUACCUUCAAGCAACUACCCUGGCUGAGCGGAAAAGUCUGUGUGCAGUCCAGGGCGACCACAGGUUGCCGCCCGGGUCAGCUCGAGAUACAAUACGAUGAAGCUGACUUCGAGGGAGAUGGGCCGCUGCGUCAGCUUCAUCUCAAUCGUCUUGACCCCGAAGAGAUUGGGGUGGGCUAUGAAGACCUUCAAGAGAGUGGUUUUCCGCUAGAUGGGUUUGAAGAUGAGCAACUCACCACGGCUGAAAUAUUGCCUAAACUGGCGAAUAGCCCUGAUUGUUUCAGCGCCCAGGCCAACUUCUUGCCCGGCGCGUGUUUGCUUGUUGCUGGAACGCAGCACGCCGCUUGUGACGGUACGUCGUAUUUCGACGUGUGGAGAAUAUGGGCUGGUAAUUGCGAUGCUCUACAGCAGCCAGGAGCUCCGUUUACUGCAUCACCACCGACAGAGAGCUCAGACCGUGCCAUUUUGGACCGCAUAUGGGAGAAUGAGGGUACAGGCACGCCGAUGCCGCUCGUGAAGCCUGAGUCAUGGAGCUUGUUAGAUAUCCAGCGCCCAGGCGCUCCAAAGCUUGAAGCAGCUGAGUCGCUGAAGAUUUUGUCUGAUGAUGCCAUGCAAGCAGCAGUAUUUUACAUAUCGUCUGAGAACUUCUCCGCUCUACAAAAGCAUUGCAACGAAGACUCUUCAGUGCGCAUUUCUGGGAACGAUGCUCUGAGCGCGCUAAUCUGGAGAUGUAUGCUGAAAGCAAAACGCAAGGCCGCCUUGGAUGGAGGCCGAGCUUCAACAACAGAAGCCAGUCUAUCCUCCAUCCAAGGAAGGUUAUUCAUGACACUCGACGCUAGGCCGGAUAUCUCGCAGAACUUACCACUCAUGUAUCUGGGAAACUUGUCGGUCAUCAACGUCUGCUCAGAGCCGCUCAGCAGGUUGACUGCACCAAAUACAAGUCUUGGAACAGUCGCGCAGACCAUCCGUUCUGUUGUUGACAAGGCUACUAGAGAAGCGCUGAUGGAUGCAUAUACCCUCGCUCGGGAAAUUGAUGACUUGAACAAGAUCAGGUUAAACCGGGGACACACGCCGAACUCGUUUGACAUGGUGCUUUCAUCAUUACUGAUGUACCCAGUGGAGGGCGUAAGCUGGGGAGGAGAGGUCUUUGCAAACGGGGGCAGGCCUGAGGCUGUACGGCCCCUAAUGCGACGGUUCAACCGUGCGUCGCAGGUGUGCUUCGUCAUGCCACGCAAGGCGCAUGGCGGGGUGGAAUUUGUUUUAAACCUGUUCGAAGAGGAAAUGGGGCUUUUAUUGGACGAUGAAGAAUUUGGUAGAUGGGCUAUGCACUAUUCAUACUAA